AUGAAAGUCGAAUCUACUCGACUUUUAAUUGUUCUUGUUUGUCUUAUAAUAAGAAUUACAAAUACGAAUGGAUUAUCAAAACGACAACAAUGUCGUGAUUUUGCUGGCGAUCGUUCAAAUUGUCAACGAUUUAUUCGUUGUUUUCAUAAUUUAAGAGUUGUAUUCACAUGUGCAUCUGGUACAGCGUAUGUACCUGAAUUACAAACAUGCGUUGCUAAAGAAUUAGUAACUGAUUUAACAAUGAGUUCAAAUGAUACAUUAGAUGACAAUGAUGAUUAUCCAACAAUUGAAGCUGAUUUAGAUGCACUUGAAGCACCUAUGCAAAAAUCUCUCUCAUCAUAUGUUGGUAUUUCUAUUACAUCAAGACGAUUUGGUUGUUCAUCAUACUGUUACAAUGAUGGAAUAUGUGUUCUUGUUGGACAAUCAAUUACUUGCCGUUGUCAACCUGGUUAUAUCGGCGCUCGAUGUCAAGUAGCACCUCUUGCAUUAGGAAAUCAAUGUCUACCAAAUCCUUGUCAAAAUGGUGGUAGCUGUUAUCUUACUCAAACUGCUUUUGCUUGUGUAUGUCCAACUCAGUUUAGUGGAACACGUUGUGAAAUAAAUUUAGCUGCUGUCAAUCCAUGUUAUAAUCAACCAUGUCGAAACGAUGCCACAUGUCAAGUAGUUGCACCUUUUACAUAUCGAUGUAUAUGUCUUAUUGGUUUUAUUGGUGUUAAUUGUGAUCAACGUGCAUGUGAUCCAAAUCCAUGUUUAUAUGGCGGUAGAUGUUUACCAUAUGGAAAUACUUUUCAAUGUCAAUGUCCACCACAAUAUACAGGACGUUGUUGUGAACUUUUAUUUGUAACUACAGCAGCACCGAAUCCUUGUAGUUCUCAGCCAUGUCUUAACGGAGGUACUUGUUCACCAACAAGUGCUACAGCAUUUAUUUGUACAUGUUCACCAAGUUAUUAUGGUCGUUGUUGUGAAUUACGUAAUUAUUGUCAACCAAAUCCAUGUUAUAAUGGUGGUACAUGUAUUGCUACAACAAAUGCUUAUCUAUGUCAAUGUAUAUAUCCUUAUACGGGUAGUAAUUGUGAAAUAACUAUAGCAGCUCAAGCUCCUCAACUUACUUGUGCUUGUAUAAUUUGUCCAUGUCCAACAGCAACUGCUGUAACACAUAAUCCAUGUGUUCCAAAUCCAUGUCAAAAUAAUGGUGGCUGCAAUGCUGUUCAAAAUACAGCUCAAUGUUUUUGUCAAGCAGCUUUUACUGGUUAUUAUUGUGAAUAUCAACGUAAACGAUCAUUAAGUAAUGUAGCUUGUGCAAACAUAACAUGUUUAAAUCAUGGAAAAUGUUAUGUUAAUGAAACUGAACCUCAAUGUGCAUGUCCUAAACCAUAUUUUGGUGAACGUUGUGAAUCAAUUAAUCGACCUCGUACAUGUAAUCCAAAUCCAUGUAGUCAUAAUGGUCAAUGUAUAUCAACAAAAGACGGUUAUAAAUGUAUUUGUAAAAAUGAUCGAACUGGUAUACUUUGUGAACAAAUGAUAAUGCCAAAAAAUCAUCGUUGGUGUCCAUUGGAUUGUCGAUCAGGUACAACAUGUGUUUAUGAAGGUAGUACACCAGUAUGUCGUGUAUUGUAA